GACUGCAGUCCACCGAGAAUCUAUCAAUGGCGCGAAGCAUGGACAUGGUGCCGCUGCUGCUUCUGUGCAUGGCCGCGGCCAUGGAGGGCGCGGCGGCGCUGCACCUGUGCGUGGACCGGCUGUACGACAGCACGCAGGGCAAGCACGACGACGGCCUGCCCCACCUGAACCCGACGGAGGAGGCGACCUGGAUGACGCUCCUGCCGCGCAAGCUCGGCGCCAAGGCCGAGUUCGACUGGCUCGCGCUCUACCGGAGCCUCACCCGCCACGCCGGCGGCGGUGGCCAUGCCCCCGCGGAGUUCCUCUCCCAGGCGUCCCUGCACGACGUCCGCCUCGGCCCCGGCUCCAUGUACUGGCAGGGCCAGCAGACCAACCUCGAGUACCUCCUCUACCUCGACCCCGACCGCCUCACCUGGAGCUUCCGCCAGCAGGCCGGCCUUCAAGCUUCUGACACUCCCCAAGGCGGGUGGGAGGCGCCCGACGGCCAGCUCCGCGGCCAUUUCGUAGGUCAGUUCGCGAGCGCGAGCGCGCACAUGUGGGCGAGCACGCACAACGACACCCUCAGGGAGAAGAUGGCCAGGGUGGUGGACAUCCUCGACGACUGCCAGAGGAAGAUGGGCACGGGCUACCUCUCGGCUUACCCCGACGAGGCGUUCGACAUGUACGAGGAGCUCUCCGAGGCCUGGUCGCCCUACUACACCAUCCACAAGAUCAUGCAAGGCCUUCUGGACCAGUACACGCUGGCCGGGAACCGAAAGGGCCUUGGCAUGGUGGUGUGGAUGACGGAUUACUUCAGCGAGCGUGUGAAGAACCUGAUACAGACGCACUCGAUCCAGAGGCACUGGGAGGCGAUGAACGAGGAGACCGGCGGACUGAACGAUGUCAUGUAUCAGCUGUACACUCUGACGAAAGAACAGAAGCACCUGACAAUGGCCCAUCUUUUCGACAAACCGUGCUUCCUCGGCCCCCUCAGCCUUCAUGAUGAUGAUAUAGCGGGGCUGCAUGUUAACACUCACAUUCCUGUCCUAGUCGGUGCGCAGAAGAGAUAUGAAGUCGUCGGUGACCAUCUUUACAAGGACAUUGCAACAUUCUUCUUUGACGUUGUGAACUCCUCCCACACAUUUGCGACAGGCGGCACAUCUACCAUGGAACACUGGCAUGACCCGAAGCGACUAGUAGACGAGAUCAAAAUCAGCUCCAACGAGGAGACUUGCACCACCUACAACCUGCUUAAGGUGUCCCGAAACCUGUUCAGGUGGACAAAGGAAGUCAAGUACGCCGAUCACUACGAGAGGCUGCUCAUCAACGGGAUCAUGGGCAACCAGAGGGGAACGCAGCCUGGUGUCAUGAUCUACUUUCUCCCCAUGGGUCCUGGGCGAUCCAAGAGCAUCAGCGGCGCGCCCCCUUCAGGCCUUCCCCCGAAGAUGCCGGGGGGGUGGGGAGGUCCAAAUGACACCUUCUGGUGCUGCUACGGGACAGGGAUAGAAUCGUUCUCAAAGUUGGGGGAUACCAUAUACUUCCUGGAGGAGGGUGAAGUGCCGGGGCUCUACAUCGCUCAACACAUACCGAGCACCUUCGACUGGAAGGCGGCGGGCCUCACCGUCGUGCAGCAGGCCAAGCCACUGUUGUCAACGGAUUCUUACUUUGAAGUUACAAUCUCCAUUUCUGCCAAGGGAGAUGCCCAGCCUGCAAAGAUGAGCGUGAGGAUCCCUUCAUGGACAUCCACAGUUGGCGCAACGGCAACUCUGAAUGGCAAAAAACUCAACCUGACAUCUGCAGGUGAUUUCCUCACGUUGACAAAACUCUGGGGCGAUGAUACCUUAGUGCUCCAAUUUCCCAUUAACUUGAGAACCGAGGCAAUCAAAGAUGACCGGCCGGAGUAUGCGUCCAUCCAGGCGGUGCUGUUCGGGCCGCACCUCCUCGCCGGCCUGACACACGGAGAUGUGGACGCCAGGAACGGCACCUCCAUGGCCGACUGGAUCGCCGCGGUCCCUCAUGAGGCGAUCAACUCGCAGCUCGUCACCCUGACGCAGCGGUCCGGCGCGCAGACCUUCGUCCUGUCGGUGUCGGCCACCGACGACACGCUGACGAUGGACGAGAUGCCCGUCGCCGGCAGCGACGCGUGCGUGCGCGCCACGAUCGUGGUCGACACGUACGAGGUCGACAGCACCGCCGCCGAGCACGGCGCGGCCGCUCCUGUUCUGCAUGGGCCGAACGUGACGAUCGCGCCGUUCGACAGGCCGGGCAUGGCGAUCACCAAUGGCUUCGAGGUCAGGCUGCAUCCAGGGCCGGAGGCCCUGUUCAACGCCGUGCCCGGGCUCGACGGGCUCCCCGGCUCGGUGUCCCUGGAGCUCGGCACCAGGCCAGGGUGCUUCGUGACGGCCCCCGGCGGCGCAAAGGGCUACGGCCCCGGCGACAAGGCCCAGGUCGGCUGCCGGACGAGCGGCGGCGGCGACGACGCGGCGUUCCGGAAGGCGGCGAGCUUCACGCAGGCGCCACCGCUACGCCUGUACCACCCGCUGACUUUCGUGGCCAAGGGCACGGAGAGGACCUUCGUGCUGGAGCCGCUGCGGAGCCUCCAGGACGAGUUCUACACCGUCUACUUCAACCUGGUCACCGCCGCCGCCGCCAGCUGAAACGCGCUGCUGAACUGCCGAUCCUCCAUGUGAGACUGAGCGGGCCGACAGACCAGAGCUUCACUUCAUAGAGCGGCGGCAGUCUGGCUCUGGCAGUGGCAGUGGCAGAGACAUGUGCCACGGCUACACAAUUACUACCUGUACUGUUGGAGCA